AUGUCUCUUGAACCCACUAGAUUCUCUCACUCCUUCACUCUUCACUCUUCACUCUUCACUCAUCUCCUGACCAUCGCUACUGCCUUUGCGCUGUACAAACUUGUCUCUGGUGGCCUGUCUGGCAGUCGAUACUGGGCUGUUGGACCCGACAACGCCUUGUCCAAUCCUUCUGCUGUUGAUACAGCGGAACUGUUCCAAUCCAUCCCCUAUUCGCGAAACCCUUCCGCCACGCUGGCUGCGCUCGCCAUUCCACCACCCGGCAUGGGUACGGCGCUGGAGGCGCUGAAUGCCCCUCCGCCACUGAACGCUCGGCGGCCCGCCGCGCCCACCCUCCCCAGCUUCGAGCUGCCACCCCCGAACUUUCAGAUCCAUGUCGGCACUCCCAAGUACCCGCCGCAGUCGAGCCUGCAUCAUCCCAUCCACCACAGCGUGGGCAGUCUGCUCACCCCGCCGGCCUCCACCCAGGCAGGCGAAGUGACCGGGAGCACGACCGCCGCUCACAUCGCGACCACCUCCGCAUCUCACACCUCCGUGUCCGCAUCGCCCGACGGUGCGCCCACCGCAUAUGGGACCGCCUACUGGCCGGGCCAGAGUGCAUCCUACGGCAGUAGUACCCCCGGGGGCACCACCGCCACCAGCAGCAGCAGCACACCACGCCAACCCUGGAACGCGGGAGCCCCGAACCACCCGUCAUAUCCGCCGCGAGAUUCGUUUUCCCCGUCGGUCGCGAAUCCGCUGGGCCGCAAUGCGCCAACAUCUCCCCCCGUCACCGAGGGAUUGGCCCAGCCGUACGACAUGCAUCAAUUACCACCCUUCCAGCAAUCGCUCUCCAUGCCCCCGUCGGGACUCCCGAGUGGCACGACACAUCAGCACCCCAGCAUGGCCCACGCCAUGCUGACCAGUCCCACCGGACUACCGCAUCCCGGCCCGUCCCCCCAUCUUCUCCCCUCGAAUGAUCCCUACGGACCCAAAUCGCAUUCCGCGCCCGUCUACGGCGCCGCACAGCCGAUUUGCAGCCCGCAUCAGGCGAGUUUCCCACCCUAUGGCCAACCGGGGCUGGGAAUCCACCCCCCGGGUCGGGUUGCCUCGACCCCAACUCUCGCCACCGGCCCGCCGCACCACCUGAGCUAUCCGCGGCAACCGUGGCCGUCCUAUUCUCUCCCCGCGAUGAACGGCCCCGUGAUGACGAAUAUCCACAGCCCCAGCAGUCAGAUGUCCUUACUGGGCAGCCUGCAGCCGGGGAUCCUGCCCGGGUUCAAUAGCGGCCAUGUGGCCAGCAUGCAGCAGAUGUACGGGGGGCAUCCCCCGCAUCCAGUCCAUCAGCCGGGACCGACCAACGACCGGCCUUUCAAGUGUGACCAGUGCCCGCAGAGUUUCAACCGCAACCAUGACCUGAAGCGACAUAAGCGGAUUCAUCUGUCGGUGAAGCCGUUUCCUUGCACGCAUUGCGACAAGAGCUUUUCUCGCAAGGAUGCUUUGAAGCGACAUAUUCUGGUCAAGGGGUGCGGCAAGGAAGGGUCCUCGGACGGGACGAGUUCGAGCAAACCCAGUUCGGGUAGUGUCAAGGAAGAGGACAAGGAGAGCGUGGACAGCAACGGACCGAAUUAA